GACUCAAAUGCAAGAAAUGGGGAUGAAUAUUCUAGUGGUAUCUCUGAAGACUCAGGAUUCAAUUUGGGGUCAUCUGAUCAGCAGGGAUUUGGAAUCAGUGGAAUUGGUAGGAAUGGAGAGAGUGGCAGUGGAAUCGUGGGGGCUGGAUACUUGAGUCCUGGAUCUGAUGUCAGUGGCACAGGAGAAAAUACUUGGUCUUCUGGUUCUGGAAGUGGUGGAGGAAGGAAGGGUGCAGCUGGACUUGGUGUUGGUACUUCUGGACCAAAUGAAUUUGGUGAAACUGGCGUUAGUGGCACAGGUGUCACAAGCCCAGCCGACCACAGUACCUCUGCACCACUCACUACACCAGAAAAAGGAUCCCAUAUUCCAGAAGCAACUCCGAAAUACUCAGAAACAAAUACAAUUAUUGGUGAAGCUUCUACUUGGGGCAAAGGAGCAUAUAAAGCUUUCAAUGGCCGCAUCUUUUCCUUUGACUCGUCAUGCGCAUACACCUUCUGCCGUCAUUGCGUGGAAUCCGGAGAAGAUUUCAAUAUUGAGAUCAAAAGAAACAAUAAUAGUGAUAUUGAAAAAAUAAUAGUUAAAAUCGACACUAAUGACGUCUCUAUUUUUGGUGAUAUCAUCCUAGUUAAUGAAGAAAGUGUACAGAUACCAUAUAACAAUAAAUUGAUACACAUUAAAAAAUAUGGAGAACAUAAUGUCCUGAAUAGCCGCAGAGGAAUCAUGUCUUUAAUGUGGGACAAAAAUAACAAACUCUCACUUACUCUUCACAAGAAAUAUCCAACUUGUGGUCUCUGUGGUAACUUCAACAGCACUCCAGGAGAUGAUAUCAAUGAACACAUUGCCAAUAGUAAAAUUCCUGGUGAUUGUCCCAAAGCUGUUAGUAAAAGCUAUGAUGUUUGUGAAGAUGGCGUGCAGCACUGUGAAAAAAUUAUUGGAACUUACUUUGAGAAAUGUAGAAAGGUCACCACUUUAUCCAAUGACUACAGAAUGAUCUGCAUUGAUGAGUACUGCCAAAAUAGAGACAAAAAUUCUACGUGUGACACUUACACAGAAUUGUCCCGCCUCUGUGCCUCAGAUGGUCCCGGUCCCUACGUAUCCUGGCGAGAUGAUUCUGAUGUGGUUUGUGAAAAACCUAGAUGCCCAGAAAAACAUAUCUACAAAGAAUGUGGUCCCUCAAACCCUGCAACUUGUUCUAAUGUGGCUCCUUUUCAAGACAGUGAAUGUGUGAGUGGCUGCACCUGCCCGGAAGGUUACCUAUUGGACGAUAUUGAAGAAAAAGGGAGAUGCGUAUUAAAGGCUAAAUGUCCCUGUGAAUCAAAUGGAAAGAUCUAUCAGUCAGGAGAAGUCCGAGAUGGUCCUUGUGGUUCUCAGUGCACAUGCCAAGAAGCAAAGUGGUCUUGCACUGAAGCAUUAUGUCCUGGAAGAUGUAAGGUGGAAGGAAGUUCAAUCACCACCUUUGAUGGUGUUAAAUAUAACCAUCCUGGAAACUGUCAUUUCUUGGCCAUCCACGAUAAAGAUUGGUCUGUUAGCGUUGAACUUCGUCCCUGUCCAAAUGGUCAGUCAGGAACGUGCUUAAAUAGUGUUACACUCCUCUUGAAUUCGUCUGUUUCAGUUGACAAAUAUAUAUUCAAUAGAGACGGAACAGUCACAAAUGAUAAGAUUAGAAAUCAAGGUUAUUAUUAUUCAGACCAAAUGCAGAUCUUCAAAGCAUCUUCCUCAUACCUUCAAGUAGAAACAAACUUUCAUGUAAAGAUGCAGAUACAGAUUGUUCCUGUGAUGCAAUUAUAUGUUUCCAUGCCACCCAACCAAUUCACAGACACUGUAGGACUCUGUGGUUCCUACAACAACAGAGCAGAGGAUGAUUUUAUGUCAAGUCAGAAUAUAUUGGAGAAAACAUCUCAGGCAUUUGCUGAUUCUUGGGAAAUGAUGCCCUGUCCUAAAGGAAACCCCACUUCGUGCAUCAGUAUAGAAAAAGAAAGAUAUGCUGAAAAGCACUGUGGAAUUCUUCUUGAUUCAAGUGGGCCUUUUGCUUCCUGCCAUCCAAUUGUGAAUCCUAAACUAUAUCAUGAGGAAUGCAAAAAAUACACUUGCACUUGUGACAACAGUGAAGAUUGUUUGUGCACGAUUUUAGGCAACUAUGUAAAAGCGUGUGCUGAGAAAGAAACAUACAUAGUGGAAUGGAGAACUGGACUAUGUGAUCACUCUUGCCCAAGUGGCCUGGUUUUCAAGUACAAUGUAAAAGCCUGCAAUAGUUCUUGUCGAUCAUUGUCAGAGAGAGAUAGGAGCUGUGAUGUAGAAGAUGUUCCAGUUGAUGGAUGCACUUGCCCUGAUGGAAUGUACCAUAAUAAUGAAGAGAAUUGUGUUCCAAAAUCUCAGUGUGACUGCUACCUAAAUGACGAGGUCAUACAACCAGGCAAACUCAUCCAUAUUGAUGACAAUAAAUGUGUCUGUCGGGAUGGAAUUCUUCUUUGCCAGACUCCCAUUGAUUUAACCCUACAGAAUUGUUCCGGAGGGACUGAAUUUGUUGACUGCAGGGACCCGAAGGCACAGAGAAGAGUUGACAGUACCUGUAGCACUCGGAACAUACCUAGUUUUGAUGAGAACUUGCCUUGCAAACGUGGGUGCUAUUGUCCAAUUGGCAUGGUUCGAAAUUCUAAAGGAAACUGUGUCUUUCCUGAAGACUGCCCAUGUUCUUUUGGUGGACAGGAGUAUGACCAGGGAAGUGUUACCUCAGUUGGCUGCAACAAAUGUACUUGCAUAAAAGGGUCUUGGAGCUGUACACACAAUGAAUGUCAAACCACCUGCCAUAUCUAUGGGGAAGGUCAUGUUAGAACUUUUGAUGGAAAAAGUUACAGCUUUGAUGGUCUCUGCCAGUAUUCAUUUCUUGAGGAUUAUUGUGGUCGUGAAAAUGGCACAUUCCGUCUCUUAACUGAAAGCGUCCCAUGCUGUGAAAAUGGGCUUACAUGCUCAAGAAAAAUCAUAGUUGCUUUUCAGGAUCAGAAUGUUGUUCUGCAUGAUGGGAAAGUAACAGCAGCCAAAACUACAGAAAGUAAGGAAUGUGAAAUCAAUGGAAAUACAUAUUCUGUACAUACUGUUGGCCUGUACUUGAUUCUGAAAUUUUUAAAUGGAAUAACCAUAAUUUGGGACAAGAAUACAAGAGUUUCUGUUAUACUGGAUCCACACUGGAAUGGCAAAGUAUGUGGUCUUUGUGGAAAUAACAAUGGUGAUCUCAAGGAUGAUUUCACAACACGAUAUUCAUCAGUAGCUGCUGGGGCACUGGAAUUUGGAAAUAGCUGGAAAACCAGUCAAGAAUGUUCAGACACAGUAGCUCAAGCUUUCCCGUGUGACUCAAACCCGUACUGUAAGGCCUGGGCUGUGCGGAAAUGUGAGAUCAUCCGGGACAGCACCUUCAGAGACUGCCACAGCAAGGUGGACCCCAAUGCCUACUAUGAUGCAUGCAUUGAAGAAGCCUGUGCAUGUGACAUGGAGGGGAAGUACCUGGGAUUCUGCACAGCUGUGGCUAUGUACGCAGAGGCGUGCAGUGCGGUUGGAGUCUGUGUCAGGUGGAGAAAACCAGAGCUCUGCCCUGUCUACUGUGAUUAUUACAAUGCCCCUGGGGAAUGCAGUUGGCACUAUGAACCUUGUGGUACAGUGACUGCAAAAACUUGCAAAGAUCAAGUUAUUGGCCAGAAAUUUUCUGCACUUUUAGAAGGAUGUUAUGCUAAGUGCCCAGACAGCGCUCCUUAUCUGGAUGAGAACACCAUGAAAUGCGUCAGUUUAUCUGAGUGCAGCUGCUUCUAUAAUGAUAUCAUACCAGCAGGUGGAGUGAUUCAGGAUAACUGUGGAAGAACAUGCUAUUGCAUCGCAGGAGAGUUGGAGUGCAGUGAAACUGCUCCUACAAAUUCAACAUUCACAGUUUCAGCUACAACAGCUACCUCCAUAUUAAGCACCGAAGCAGCAAUAACAUUGGUGACCAGGAGCUCAGGUGCAGCAGCUUCCAUUCCAGUGAUUACAACAUCAAGCAGCGAAACAAUAGGGACAACUCUAACUCUUCUGGGUGAACCUUUUACUACAGGUGUUAUUGGAACUCCCGUUCCCUUGACCGUCAGUGCUGGCACUGCAGGCACGAGUGUAGUGUACCCCGCCCCCACCAGUCCUGGGCACAUGGCAGGAGGAACAACAGGCAGCCCUACUGCACCAGCAAGAGGAGGUGAAGACAGCACACCCAGGGAACCAAGCACAGGGGCGACAAGCCCAGGGAAACCAGGGACCCCAGAGGUUUCAGAGGGCUUCGCAACAGCACCUGGGCAUGAGAACACAAAUGGAGACACAACUGCCCCAGGCUCAACCGUGAGAGGCAGACCAGGGACUACCGGAUCAUCAGCUAGUGAUACAACUAGACCCCCAAGUAGUGAAGUGACACAAUCUGAAGGCAAGUUUGGAACAACUGAAGGGGAAAAUGCAGCCACCACUGGAAAUGUUGGUGAAAACACUUCCCGAGCCUCAGGAACAACUGGACACUAUGUUGAAGGAGGAGGAACAACUGGGCCAUCUGAGGGAAGAUCAGGGACAACUAGAAUAUCAGCUGAAGAAUCAGGGACAACUGUAUUGUCAUCUGUAGUGACAGGGAAAACAGGACCAUUACUGGGAGGAUCAGCAACAACAAGAUCAUCAGUUACAGGAUCAGAGACAACUGAACCAUCUGUUGUAGUUUCAAGAACAUUUGUACCAUCAGAAGGAUUGACAGAAGCAACUGAACCAUCACUUGGGUUAACAACACCUGGACCAUCAGCUGAAGGAUCAGGGACAGCUACAUUAUUUGCUGGAGUAUCACAAACAACUGAAAGCUCUGUUCCAAAGUCAGGAAAUACUGGACCAUCCAUAGGAGGAUCACAGACAACUGGACGAUCAGGUGAAGAAGCACAGACAAGUGGACUAGCAGCUGGAGGAUCAGGGACUACAGGACCAUCCACUGAAGAAUCAGAAAAAACAGAAACACCUGUUCUGGGUUUAGGGACAACUCAAACAUCUGAAGGAUUAGGAACAACUACAUCUGUUUUAGGUUCAGGGACAACUGGAACAUCAUCUGGAGUGACAAGAACAACUAAAUCAUCAUCUCGAGAUUCAGAUACUACAGGACCGACAGCUGAAGUAUUAGGAACAACUAAAUCAGCAUCUGGUAUAUCAAGCACAACUGGACUAUUGUCUGGUGGGUCAGGGACAACUGGACCAUCUGUUGUAGGAUCAGGAACAUCUGUACCAUCAGCAGGAUUGACAGGGACCUCUGGGAUGUCACCUGGGUUUGCAACAACUGGACAAUCAUCUGUAGGAUCGAGGACAACUGAGUCAUUGGCUGGAAGAUCAGAAACCAGUGCGACCUCCAUUGUAAGUUCAGGCACUACCAGUCCAUCCACAGGAGGAUCACAGACAACUGGACUGUCAGCCAAAGAAGCAGGGACAACAGAAAAAGCAGCUGGGGGAUCAGGGACCACAGGACCAUUCCAUGGACGAUCAGGGACAACAAGACAAUCUGUUUUAAGUUCAGGGAUGACCUUAGCAACUUCUAAAGAAAUAAGGACAACUAGACCUUCAUUGGUAAAGUCAGGUACAACUGCAGUAUUGACUCCAGGAUCAGCCACAAGUGGACUGUCAUCUGGAGUAUCUGAGUCCACUGAACCAUCAUCUGAAGCAUUAGGAACAACAAGAUCAUCAGCUGGUAUAUCAGAGACAACUGGACCAUCAACAGUUGGAUCUGGGAUGGCAACAGGACCAUUUUUUGUAGAAUCAGGAACAGCUGUAUCAUUGGUAGGAUUGACUGGGACAUCUGGCCUAUCACAUGGGUUAGGAAUAACUGGGCCAUCAGCUAAAGGAGCAGGGACAACUGGAUCAUUUGCUGGAAAUUCAGGAACAACAGUAACCCCUGUUGUAAUUUCAGGGACUGCUGGUCCCUACACAGUAAAAUCACAGACAACUGGACAAUCUGCUGAAGAAGCUGGGACAAUAGGAGCAACAGCUGGAGGUUCAGGGACCACAGGACCAUUCCAUGGAGGAUCAGGAAAAACAGGACAAUCUGUUUUAGGUUCAGGGACAACCAGACCAUCUGUUGUCGGUCCAGGAACAACUAUACCUUCGAGUAGACUAUUUUUUGUAGGUUCAGGGACAACCAGAGCAUCAUCUGGAGUGAAAAGGACAAUGGGACCAUCAUCUGGAGAAUUAGGAACAACUAGAUCAUCAUCUGGUAUGUCAAGGACAAUUGGACCAUCAACUGGAAGGUCAGGGAUAACUGGACGUUCAGGAACAGGAUCAGGAACAUCAGUAACAUCAGUAGGAUUAACAGGGACAUCUGGAUCAUCAUUUGGGUUAGGAACAACUGUACCAUCAAUGAAAGUAUCACAAACAACUACAGCACCUAUUGCAGGAUUAGUAAAAUCUACAUCAUCUACAAGAUUGACAGGGUCAACUGGAUCAUCGGUUGGAGGACCAGAGAUAACUGGAACAGCAGCUAGAGGAUCAGGGACCACAACACUGUCAGCUGGAGCAUCAGGAGAAACUGGAACAUUAGCUGAAGGAUCAGAAACAACAAAAACCUUUGUUAUAACUUUGGGGAUUACUGAAACACCUGUAAGAGGAUCGCAGACAAUGGGAUGGUCAACUAAAGAUUCAGGAACAACUGGGCAAGAAGCUAGAGGAUCAGGGACGACAGGGCAAUUCAUUGGAGGAUCAGGAACAUCAGUGUCAUCUGUUUUUGUUUCAAGGACAAUUCACCCAUUAUCUGAAGAAUCAGGGACCACUAGACCAUCUGUUUUAGGUUCAGAGACAACCAGACCAUUACCUGGACACACAGAGACCAUGGGAUCAUCAUCUGGAGAUUCAGACACCACUGGACCAUCAGCUGAGGUAUUGGGGACAACUAGAUCACCAGCUGGUAUAUCAGAAACAACUAGACUAUCAAUGGGUAGAUCUGGGAUGACAGAAGGACCAUCUGUUGUAGGGUCAGAAACAUCUGUACCAUCAGUAGGUUGGACAAAGAUAUCUGGCCCAUCACCUGGGUUAGUAACAACUGGGCCAUCAGCUGAAGGAGCAGAAACAACUGGAUCAUUUGCUGGGAAUUCAGGAAGAACGGCAACUGCUAUUGUAAGUUCAGGAACUAGUGGUCCCUACAUAGGAGGAAUCCAUACAACUGUACUAUCACCUGAAGAGGCAAGGACUAUAGGACCAACAUCUGGGGGAUCAGGGACCACAGAACCAUUCCCUGGAGUAUCAGGAACAAUGGAACAAUCUGUUUUAGGUUCAGAGACAACUAGACCAUCAGUUGUAAGUUCAGGAACAAGUGGAAUAUCAUCUGGAGUGAUGGGUAUACCUGGACAAUCUACUAGAGUGACAGGGAAAAUUGGACCACCAGCUGGAGAAUUAGGAACAACUGGAUCAUCAGCUGGUAUAUCAAGCACAACUGGACUAUUGUCUGGUGGGUCAGGGACAACUGGACCAUCUGUUGUAGGAUCAGGAACAUCUGUACCAUCAGCAGGAUUGACAGGGACCUCUGGUCCAUCAUCUGGGUUUGCAACAACUGGACAGUCAUCUGUAGGAUCGAGGUCAACUGAGUCAUUGGCUGGAAGAUCAGAAACCACUGAAACCUCCAUUGUAAGUUCAGGAACUACCAGUCCAUCCACAGGAGAAUCACAGACAACUGCACUGUCAGCCAAAGAAGCAAGGACAACAGACCAAGCAGCUGGAAUAUCAGGGACCACAGGACCAUUCCAUGGACAUUCAGGAACAACAGGACAAUCCGUUUUAAGUUCAUGGACGACUGGGCCAUCAUCUGAAGAAUUAAGGACAACUAGAACUUCAUUGAUAAAGUCCAGCACCACUGGAAUAUCAGCUACAGGAUCAGCCACAACUGGACAGUCAUCUGGAGUAUCUGAGUCCACUGAAGUAUCCAGAAGAACUAGAUCAUCAACUCGUAUAUCAAGCACAACUGGACCAUUGUCUGGUGGGUCAGGGAUAACUGGACCAUCUGUUGUAGGACCAGGAACAUCUGUCCCAUCAGCAGGAUUGACAGAGUCCUCUGGUCCAUCACCUGGGUUCGCAACAACUGGACAAUCAUCUGUAGGAUCCAGGACAACUGAGUCAUUGGCUGGAAGAUCAGAAACCAGUGAGACCUCCAUUGUAAGUUCAGGCACUACCAGUCCAUCCACAGGAGGAUCACAGACAACUGGACUGUCAGCCAAAGAAGCAGGGACAACAGAAAAAGCAGCUGGGGGAUCAGGGACCACAGGACCAUUCCAUGGACGAUCAGGAACAACAGGACAAUCCAUUUUAAGUUCAUGGACGACUGGGCCAUCAUCUGAAGAAUUAAGGACAACUAGACCUUCAUUGGUAAAGUCCAGCACCACUGGAAUAUCAGCUGCAGGAUCAGCCACAACUGGACAGUCAUCUGGAGUAUCUGAGUCCCCUGAGCCAUCAUCUGAAGUAUCCAGAACACCUAGAUCAUCAACUCGUACAUCAAGCACAACUGGACCAUUGCCUGGUGGGUCAGGGACAACUGGACCAUCUGUUGUAGGAUCAGGAACAUCUGCCCCAUCAGCAGGAUUGACAGAGGCCUCUGGUCCAUCACCUGGGUUUUCAACAACUGGACAGUCAUCUGUAGGAUCAAGGACAACUGCGUCAUUGGCUGGAAGAUAUGAAACCACUGCAACCCCCAUUGUAACUUCAGGCACUACAAGUACAUCCGCAGGAGGAUCACAGACAACUGGAUUGUCAGCCAAAGAAACAGGAACAGAACAAGCAGCUGGAAGAUCAGGGACCACAGGACCAUUCCAUGGACCAUCAGGAACAACAAGAAAACCUGUCUUACAUUCAGGGUCGACCUUAUCAACUUCUGAAGAAAUAAGGACAACAAGACCUUUGUUGGUAAAGUCAGGCACAACUGGAGUAUUGGUCACAGGAUCAGCCACAACUGGACAGUUAUCUGGAGUAUCUGAGUCCACUGAGCCAUUAUCUGACGUAUUCGGAACAACUAGAUCAUCAACUCGAAAAUCAAGCACAACUGGAACAUUGCCUGGAGGUUCAGGGACAAUUGGACCAUCUGUUGUACAAUCAGGAACAUCUGUCCCAUCAGCAGGAUUGACAGAGUCCUCUGGUCCAUCACCUGGGUUUGCAACAACUGGACAGUCAUCUGUAGGAUUGAGGACAACUGAGUCAUUGGCUGGAAGAUCAGAAACCACUGCAACCUCCAUUGUACGUUCAGGCACUACCAGUCCAUCCACAGGAGGAUCACAGACAACUGGACUGUCAGCCAAAGAAGCAGGGACAACAGAACAAGCAGCUGGAUUAUCAGGGACCACAGGAUCAUUCCAUGGACGAUCAGGAACAACAGGACAAUCCGUUUUAAGUUCAUGGACGACUGGGCCAUCAUCUGAAGAAUUAAGGACAACUAGACCUUCAUUGGUAAAGUCCAGCACCACUGGAAUAUCAGCUACAGGAUCAGCCACAACUGGACAGUCAUCUGGAGUAUCUGAGUCCCCUGAGCCAUCAUCUGAAGUAUUGAGAACAACUGGAUCAUCAACUCAAAAAUCAGGCACACCUGCCCCAUUUUCUGGUGGGUCAGGCACAACUGGACCAUCUGUUGUAGGACCAGGAACAUCUGUCCCAUCAGCAGGAUUGACAGGGACCUCUGGGAUGUCACCUGGGUUUGCAACAACUGGGCAAUCAUUUGUAGGAUCGAGGACAACUGAGUCAUUGGCUGGCAGAUCAGAAACCACUGCAACCUCCAUUGUACGUUCAGGCACUACCAGUCCAUCCACAGGAGGAUCACAGACAACUGGACUGUCAGCCAAAGAAGCAGGGACAACAGAACAAGCAGCUGGAUUAUCAGGGACCACAGGACCAUUCCAUGGACUUUCAGGAACAACAGGACAAUCCGUUUUAAGUUCAUGGACGACUGGGCCAUCAUCUGAAGAAUUAAGGACAACUAGACCUUCAUUGGUAAAGUCCAGCACUACUGGAAUAUCAGCUACAGGAUCAGCCACAACUGGACAGUCAUCUGGAGUAUCUGAGUCCCCUGAGCCAUCAUAUGAAGUAUCCAGAACAACUAGAUCAUCAACUCGUACAUCAAGCACAACUGGACCAUUGCCUGGUGGGUCAGGGAAAACUGGACCAUCUGUUGUAGGAUCAGGAACAUCUGCCCCAUCAGCAGGAUUGACAGAGUCCUCUGGUCCAUCACCUGGGUUUUCAACAACUGGACAGUCAUCUGUAGGAUCAAGGACAACUGCGUCAUUGGCUGGAAGAUAUGAAACCACUGCAACCCCCAUUGUAACUUCAGGCACUACCAGUCCAUCCGCAGGAGGAUCACAGACAACUGGAUUGUCAGCCAAAGAAACAGGAACAACAGAACAAGCAGCUGGAAGAUCAGGGACCACAGGACCAUUCCAUGGACCAUCAGGAACAACAAGAAAACCUGUUUUACAUUCAGGGUCGACCUUAUCAACUUUUAAAGAAAUAAGGACAACGAGACCUUUGUUGGUAAAGUCAGGCACAACUGAAGUAUUGGCCACAGGAUCAGCCACAACUGGACAGUCAUCUGGAGUAUCUGAGUCCACUGAACCAUCAUCUGAAGUAUUCAGAACAACUAGAUCAUCAACUCGUAUAUCAGGCACAACUGGAACAUUGCCUGGAGGUUCAGGGACAAUUGGACCAUCUGUUGUAGGAUCAGGAACAUCUGUCCCAUCAGCAGGAUUGACAGGGACCUCUGGUCCGUCACCUGGGUUUGCAACAACUGGACAGUCAUCUGUAGGAUCGAGGACAACUGAGUCAUUGGCUGGAAGAUCAGAAACCACUGCAACCUCCAUUGUACGUUCAGGCACUACCAGUCCAUCUACAGGAGGAUCACAGACAACUGCACUGUCAGCCAAAGAAGCAGGGACAACAGAACAAGCAGCUGGAUUAUCAGGGACCACAGGACCAUUCCAUGGACGAUCAGGAACAACAGGACAAUCCGUUUUAAGUUCAUGGACGACUGGGCCAUCAUCUGAAGAAUUAAGGACAACUAGACCUUCAUUGGUAAAGUCCAGCACUACUGGAAUAUCAGCUGCAGGAUCAGCCACAACUGGACAGUCAUCUGGAGUAUCUGAGUCCCCUGAGCCAUCAUCUGAAGUAUCCAGAACACCUAGAUCAUCAACUCGUACAUCAAGCACAACUGGACCAUUGCCUGGUGGGUCAGGGAAAACUGGACCAUCUGUUGUAGGAUCAGGAACAUCUGCCCCAUCAGCAGGAUUGACAGAGUCCUCUGGUCCAUCACCUGGGUUUUCAACAACUGGACAGUCAUCUGUAGGAUCAAGGACAACUGCGUCAUUGGCUGGAAGAUAUGAAACCACUGCAACCCCCAUUGUAACUUCAGGCACUACCAGUCCAUCUGCAGGAGGAUCACAGACAACUGGGUUGUCAGCCAAAGAAACAGGAACAACAGAACAAGCAGCUGGAUUAUCAGGGACCACAGGACCAUUCCAUGGACUUUCAGGAACAACAGGACAAUCCGUUUUAAGUUCAUGGACGACUGGGCCAUCAUCUGAAGAAUUAAGGACAACGAAACUGCCAUCAUCUGAAGUAUUGAGAACAACUGGAUCAUCAACUCAAAAAUCAAGCACAACUGGCCCAUUUUCUGGAGGUUCAGGGACAAUAGGACCACCCGUUUUAGGAGCAGGAACAUCCGUACCAUCAGCAGGAUUGACAGGCACCUCUGGUCCAUCACCUGGGUUCCCAAAAACUGGACAACCGUCUGUAGGAUCAAAGACAACUGAGUCAUUGGCUGGAAGAUCAGAAACCACUGCAACCCCCAUUGUAACAUCAGGCACUACCAGUCCAUCCACAGGAGAAUCACAGACAACUGCACUGUCAGCCAAAGAAGCAGGGACAACAGAACAAGCAGCUGGAAGAUCAGGGACCACAGGACCAUUCCAUGGACGAUCAGGAACAACAGGACAAUCCAUUUUAAGUUCAUGGACGACUAGGCCAUCAUCUGAAGAAAUAAGGACCACCAGAUCUUCAUUGGUAAAGUCCAGCACCAGUGGAAUAUCAGCUACAGGAUCAGCCACAACUGGACAGUCAUAUGGAGUAUCUGAGUCCCCUGAGCCAUCAUCUGAAGUAUUCAGAACAACUAGAUCAUCAACUGGUAUAUCAAGUUCAACUGGACUGUAUUCUGGAGGUUCAGGGACAGCUGGACCAUCUUUUGUAGGACCAGAAACAUCUGUCCCAUCAGCAGGAUUGACAGGGAUCUCUGGUCUAUCACCUGGGUUUGCAACAACUGGACAAUCAUCUGUAGGAUCGAGGACAACUGAGUCAUUGUCUGGAAGACCAGUAACCAGUGCAACCUUCAUUGGAAGUUCAGGCACUACUAGUCUAUCCACAGGAGGAUCACCAACAACUGGACUGUCAGCCAAAGAAGCAGGGACAACAGAACAAGCAGCUGAGGUAGCAGGAACCACAGGACCAUUCCAUGGACGAACUGGAGCAACAAGACAACCUGUUUUAGUUUCAGGGACGACCUUAUCAACUUCUAAAGAUAUAAGGACAAUGAGACCUUCAUUGGUAAAGUCAGGCACAACUGGAGUAUUGGCUUCAAGAUCAGCCACAACUGCACUGUCAUCUGGAGUAUCUGCAUCUACUCAGCCAUCAUCUGAAGUAUUCAGAACAACUAGAUCAUCAACUGGUAUAUCAAGUGCAACUGGCCGAUUUUCUGCAGGUUCAGGAACUUCUGGACCAUCUGUUGUAGGACCAGGAACAUCUGUCCCAUCAGCAGGAUUGACAGGGACCUCUGGUCCGUCACCUGGUUUUGCAACAACUGGACAAUCAUCUGUAGGAUUGAGGACAACUGAGUCAUUGGCUGGAAGAUCAGAAACCACUACAACCUCCAUUGUACAUUUAGGCUCUACCAGUCCAUCCACAGGAGGAUCACAGACAGCCAGACUGUCAGCCAAAGAAGCAGGGACAACAGAACAAGCAGCUGGAGGAUCAGGGACCACAGGACCAUUCCAUGGACGAUCAGGAACAACAGGACAAUCCAUUUUAAGUUCAUGGACAACUGGGCCAUCUUCUGAAGAAAUAAGGACAACCAGACCUUCAUUGUUAAAGUCCAGCACCACUGGAAUAUCAUCUACAGGAUCAGCCACAACUGGACAGUCAUCUGGAGUAUCUGAGUCCACUGAACCAUCAUCUGAAGUAUUCAGAACAACUAGAUCAUCAACUCGUAUAUCAAGUACAACUGGCCGAUUUUCUACAAGUUCAGGGACACAGGGACCAUCUGUUGUAGGACCAGGAACAUCUGUCCCAUCAGGAGGAUUGACAGAUGCCUCUGGUCCAUCACCUGGGGUUGCAACAACUGGACUGUCAUCUGUAGGAUUGAGGACAACUGAGUCAUUGGCUGGAAGACCAGAAACCACUGCUACCUCCAUUGUAAGUUCAGGCACUACCAGUCCAUCCACAGGAGGAUCACAGACAACUGGAAUGUCAGCCAAAGAAGCAGGGACAACAGAACAAGCAGCUGGAAUAUCAGGGACCACAGGACCAUUCCAUGGACGAUCAGGAACAACAGGACAAUCUGUUUUAAGUUCAUGGACGACUGGGCCAUCAUCUGAAGAAAUAAGGACAACCAGACCUUCAUUGGUAAAGUCCAGCACCACUGGAAUAUCAUCUACAGGAUCAGCCACGAUUGGACAGUCACCUGGUGUAUCUGAGUCCCCUGAGCCAUCACCUGAAAUAUUCAGAACAACUAGAUCAUCAACUCAUAUAUCAACUUCAACUGGACUAUUUUCUGGAGGUUCAGGGACAACUGGACCAUCUGUUGUAGGAUCAGGAACAUCUGUCCCAUCAGCAGGAUUGACAGAGGCCUCUGGUCCAUCACUUGGGUUUGCAACAACUGGACAGUCAUCUGUAGGAUCCAGGACAACCGAGUCAUUGGCUGGAAGAUCAGAAAACACUGCAACCUCCAUUGUAAGUUUAGGCACUACCAGUCCAUCCACAGGAGGAUCACAGACAACUGCACUGUCAGCCAAAGAAGCAGGGACAACAGAACAAGCAGCUGGAAUAUCAGGGACCACAGGACCAUUCCAUGGACAUUCAGGAACAACAGGACAAUCCGUUUUAAGUUCAUGGACGACUGGGCCAUCAUCUGAAGAAUUAAGGACAACUAGACCUUCAUUGGUAAAGUCCAGCACUACUGGAAUAUCAGCUACAGGAUCAGCCACGAUUGGACAGUCACUUGGUGUAUCUGAGUCCACUGAGCCAUCAUCUGAAGUAUUCAGAACAACUGGAUCAUCAACUCGUAUAUCAAGUACAGCUGGCCUAUUUUCUGGUGGGUCAGGGAAAACUGGACCAUCUGUUGUAGGAUCAGAAACAUCUGUGCCAUCAACAGGAUUGACAGGGACCUCUGGUCCAUCACCUGGUUUAGCAACAACUGGACAAUCAUCUGUAGGGUCGAGGACAACUGAGUCAUUGGCUGGAAGAUCAGAAACCACUGCGACCUCCAUUGUACGUUCAGGCACUACCAGUCCAUCCACAGGAGGAUCACAGACAACUGCACUGUCAGCCAAAGAAGCAGGGACAACAGAACAAGCAGCUGGAAUAUCAGGGACCACAGGACCAUUCCAUGGACGAUCAGGAACAACAAGACAACCUGUUUUAGGUUCAGGGACAACCUUACCAACUUCUAAAGAAAUAAGGACUACGAGACCUUCAUUGGUACAGUCCAGCACAACUGGAGUACUGGCUACAGGAUCAGCCACAACUGCACUGUCAUCUGGAGUAUCUGAGUCCACUGAACCAUCAUCUGAAGUAAUUGGUAAAACUAGAUCAUCAACUCAUAUAUCAAGUACAACUGGUCUAUUUUCUGGAGGUUCAGGGACAACUGGAAUGUCUGUUGUUGGAUCAGGAACAUCUGUACCAUCAACAGGAUUGACAGGGACCUAUGGUCCAUCACCUGCAUUUGCAAAAACUGGACAAUCAUCUGUAGUAUCGAGGACAACUGAGUCAUUGGCUGGAAUAUCAGAAACAACUGAAACCUCUGUUUUUAGUGCAUGGAUUACUGGUCUGUCCACAAGAGGAUCUCGUACAACCGAACCACCUGCUGAGGAAACUGGGAUAACAGGACGAGCUGGUGGAGCUUCAGGGACCACAGGACUGUUCCAUGGAUUAUCAGGAACAACAGUACAUUCUGUUUUAGGUUCAGAAACAACAAGAAAAUCUGUUGUCAGUUCAGGAACAACUGUACCAUCAUCUGGAGUGACAGGAAUAACUGGACCAUCAACUAUGGAAUUGGGAACAAGUAUAUCAUUAGCCGGUAUAUCGGAGAACACUGGGGCAUUAAUGAGUGGAUCUGGGGUGACAACAGGACCAUCUUUUGUAGGAUCAGGCAUAUCUGUACCAUCAGGAUUGACAGGGACCUCUGGUCCAUCACCUGGAUUAGCAACAACUGGAUCAUCAGCUGAAGGAUCAGGGAUAACUGGAGUAUAUUCUGGAAUAUCAGAAACAACUUCCACCUCUGUUGUAAGUUCAGUGACUAUUGGUCCAUUUACAGGAGGAUCACAGACAACUGGACUGUCAGCCAAAGAAGGAGGGACAACAGAACAAGCAGCUGGAGAAUCAGGGACCACAGGACCAUUCCAUGGUCGAUCAGGAACAACAAAACAAUCUACUUUAGGUUCAGGGAUGACCUUACCAUCUUUUAAAGAAAUAAGGACAACUAGAUCUUCGUUGGUAAAGACAGGCACAACUGGAGUAUCAGCUACUGGAUCAGCCACAACUGGACUGUCAUCUGGAAUAUCUGAUUCCACUGGACCAUCAUCUGAAGUAUUAGGAACAAUCAGAUCAUCAGCUGGUAUAUCAGAGACAACUGGACCAUCAACAAGUGGAUCUAGAAUGACAAGAGGACCAUUUUUUGUAGAAUCAGGAACAUCUGUACCAUCAAUAGGAUUGACAGGGAUGUCUGGUCCAGAGCCAACUGGAUCAUUCACUGGAAGAUCAGAAACAACAGCAACCUCUAUUGUAAAUUCAGGUACUAGUGGUCUCUACAAUGGAGGAAUCCAGACAACUGGGCUGUCAGCUAAAGAAGCAAGGACAACAGGACCAUUUCGAGGAGGGUCAGGAACAACUGGAAGAUUUUUUUUAGGUUCAGGGACAACUGUGCCAUUAUCUAGAGUGGAAAGCAUAACUGGACCAUUAUCUGGAAUGACAGGAAUAACUGGACCAUCAACUGAGGAAUUAGUAACAACUAGUUCAUCAGCUGGUAUAUCAGAAACAACUGGAUUAUCAAUGGGUGGAUCUGGGAUGACAGCAGGACCAUCUGUUGUAGAGUCAGGAACAUCUGUAUCAUCAGUAGGAUUGGUAGGGACAUCUAGCCCGUCACAUGGGUUAGGAACAACUGGGUCAUCAGCUGAAGGAGCAGGGACAACUGGAUCAUUUUCUGGAAGAUCAGAAACAACAUCAAUCUCUAUUAUAAGUUCAGGUACUAGUGGUCCCUACAUAGGAGGAAUCCAGACAACGGGAAAAUCUGUUGAAGAAGCUGGGACAACAGGACCAAUAGCUGGAGGUUCAGGGACCACAGGACAAUUCCAUGAAGGAUUAGAAACAACAGGACAAUCUGUUUUGGUUUCAGGGACAACUAGACUGCCUGUGGUAGGUUCAGGGACAACUGGGGCAUCAUCUGGAGUGACAGGUAUAACUGGACCAUCAUCUGAAGUGAAAGGGACAAUUGGACCAUCAGCUGGAGAAUUAGGAACAACUAGAUCAUCACCUGGUAUAUCUAGGACAACUGGACUAUCAUCUGGUGGGUUAGAGACAACUGGACUAUCUGCUGUAGGAUUAGGAACAUCUCUCCCAUCAAGAUUGACAGGGACACCUGGACCAUCAGCUGGUUUAGCAACAACUGGAUCAUCAGCUAAAGGAUCAGGGACAACUGAAUCAUUUUCUGGAAGAUCAGAAACAACUGAAAUCUUUGUUGUAAGUUCAGCAACUAUGAGUACAUCCAUAGGAGGAACACAGACAACUGGACAAUCUGCUGAGGAAGCAGGGGCAACAGGUCUAGAAUCUGGAGGGUCAGGGACUACAGGACUAUUCCAUGGAGGAUCAGAAACUACAGGACAAUCUAUUUUAGGUUCAGGGACGACCUUACCAUCUUCUGAAAAAUUAAGGUCAACUAGACCUUUAUUGGUAAAGUCGGGCUCUACUGGAGUAUCUGCUACAGGAUCAGUCACAAGUGGACUGUCAUCCUGGGAAUCUGGGUCCGCUGGAUCAUCAACUGAAGUAUUCAGAACAACUAGAUCUUCUGUUGGAAUAUCAAGGACAAGUCAACCAUCUACUGGAGGAUCAGGGACAACUGCACCAUCCGUUGUAGGAUUAGGAGUACCUUCAUCAGCACCAGGAUUGACAGAAUCAACUGGACCACCAGUUUUAGGGUCAGGGACAACUGAAACAGCAGCUAGAGGAUCAGGGACCACAGGACUAUCAGCUAGCAGAUCAAGGACAACUGGAUCAUUAGCUGGAGUAUCAGAAACAACCAAAACCUCUGUUCCAAUGUUAGAGACUACUGCAACAUCUAUAGUAGGAUCAUGGACAACUGAACAAUCAACUGAAGAAUCAAAGACAACUGUACAAUCAGCCCUAGGAUCAGAGACCUCAAUACCAUCUACUGGAUUGUCAGGAAUGACAGGAUCAUCAAGUUUUGGUUCAGGGACAACCCUGCCAUCAUCUGAAGAAUCAAGGGUAACUAGACCAUCCGUUAUAGGUUCAGGCACAACUGAACCAUCACAUAGAGUGAUUGGGACAAGUGGAUCAUCAUCUGGAGAUAUAUCCAUCACUGGACCAUCAUCUGAACUAUUAGGAACAACUAUAUCAUCAGUUGGUAUAUCAAAGACAACUGGACAAUCAAUGGGUGGAUUUGGGACAACUGGACCAUCUGUUGUAGAAUCAGGAACAUCUUUGCCAUCAGCAGGAUUUACAGGGACAUCUGGAACAUUACAUGAGUUAGGAACAAGUGGACCUUCAGCUGAAGGAUCAAGGACAACUGGAAUAUUUUCUGAAUUAUCAGAAACAACUGAAACCUCUGUUGUAAGGUCCGAGACUACGGGACCAUCCAUAGGAGAAUCACAGACAACUGGACAAUUAAUUAAAGAAGCAGGAACAACUGUACAAGGAUUUGGGGCAGCAGAGACCACUCAGCCAUCUGUUGGAGGAUCAGGAACAACAGGACCAUCUAUUUUAGGUUCAGGGACAACUCCACAAUCAUCUGAAGGAUUAGGGACAACUGUACCACCAGCUAUAGAACCAGGAACAACUGGGCCAUUGACCAAAGGAUCAGCCAAAACUGGAUCAUCAGGAUUACAGACCACUGAAUCAAUUGAAAUAUUAGGAUCAGCUAUAUCAUCAGUCAGUGAUUCAAGGACAAUUAGACCAUCAACUAAAGGAUCAGGGACAACUGUAAGAUUACCUGAAAGAGCAGAGACAAUUGGACCACCUGUUGUAAAUUCAAGGAUAACUGGACCAUCUGUAGCAUCACAGAGGACUGGACCAUCAGCUGAAGGUUCAGUGACCACAGGAUCAUCAUCUGGAGGAUCAGGUACAACUGCCCCAUCUGUUAUAGGUUCAGAGACAACUGCACCAUCAGCUGGAGCACCAGGGACAACUGGAAUAUCAUCUAGAGGAGCAGGAGCAACAGGACUACUUGUUUUAGUUUCAGAUACAGCUAUCCCAGCAUCUGAAAGAUCCAGGACAACUGCAUCACCAGCUGGAGGAUUAGUGACAGCUGGACCAUCAAAUGGAGAAUCAAGGACAACUAGAUCAGCUAUUUUAGGUUUAGGGACAACUCAACCAUCAUCUGGAGCAUCAGGAACAACUGGACCAUCACAUGAAGUUUCAGGGACAACUGGACCAUCACCAGAAGGAUCAGGGACAAGUGGAUCAUCAACUGGGAUAACCACUGGGAUGUUAAGGAAUGAGGUUACCACAUCUGAAGGCAAGUCAAGUUCACUGAAAAUAGACCAUUUAUUGUGUUUCACAGAAGCUGCCCCUGGCUCAACAAUUGCACCAGAAAGUUCCACUACUGGGUCAGAUAAGAGAGUUCCACCAGUAUUAAUUGUAGAGGUCACAACUUCCACAGAAAGUGUUGGCACCAGUGGAGGUAGAUUCAGAACAGGCACCACUAGGGUAGCCCCUGGCAUAACUGUUGUCCCUGGAAAUUCUAACACAGAGGCCACAACUUUCCUAGGAGAAAAUGAAACAACCAGAGUUGGAAUAGCCACAGGUACUACUGGUAUAGUCCCUGAGAAAACUGUGGAACCUGGAAAUUACAGCACAGGUACCACCAUGAUUUCACCUGGAGCUAGUAGAAGUUCACAGAGUUCCAAGCCAGGCCUUACAGAGGAAUUCUCUGGGAUAACUAUUAUAUCUGGAAGUUCCCACACAGGCACCACUGCAGUACCGGGAGGCCAAGCAACUGGGAGUGUGACAGGCACCACUGGGGUAGCCCCUGGUACAACUGUUGCCCCUGGCAGUUCUAUUACAGAAGCCACAACUUCUGUGGGAGAAAGUGGAACAAGAAUGAGGAUCAUCACAGGCACCUCUGGCACGACAGGUGGAUACGUUCCUGGAAGUGAGGCAGAGGCCACAACUUCCACAGAAAUGACUGGAACUGGAGCCCAAACAGGUACCAGUGGAGUAGUCUCUGGCACAACUAUUAAAUCUGGAAGAUCCAGUGUUGAAUCAGCAGGAGUCAACACUGUCCCAAAAGCUUCUAUCUCAGGUACCAUUGGUUUGGCCUCGAGUACAACUGUUGCACCUGGAAGUUCCCAUACUGAAGCUACAACACCCCCUGGAGGCAGUGGAAGCACGGGAAUUGAAAUUAAUACAGGGGGAUCCAGUAGCCAAGUCCCUGGCAUUCAAACAGGUACUAUUGGAUUGACCCCAGAAAGUACCAUCUCACCCAGAAUUUCCAACACAGGAGCUACCACUGGUGCAUCUGAGACACCAAGCCCUGGAAGUAAAACAGGCACUACAGGUGUAAUCACUGGCACAACAGCAUCUGGAAGUUCCAACACAGUUACCACUGGGAUAACCACAGGUACAACCAUCGCACUUGGGAGUUCCAACACAAAGGCUACAACUUCUACAGAAUUUGAAGCUACCACUGUAUUUGGAAUGGCCACUAAUACUACUUCAGAGUCAGCUGAAGUUUCCAGGGGUCCAGAAAAUUCUAGUCCUGGGGCUACAACUCUGGGACUAAGCCGUGACACCACUGGGCAUGUAAUUCAAACAGCUUCAGGAGUCACCAACCUAAUUCCAGGGAGCCAGUCUACUGGAAGUAAAAUAGAAACCACAACUUUUAAAGAAGGUGUUGGAACUAAGGAAGCAAGAAUUUCAUCAGGUACCACUGGGGUAGCCUCUGGCACAACAGUUAUUCCUGGAAGCUCCAAUACAGGUACUAGUGUGGCAUCAAGUAGAAUUACUGGUGUCCCAGAAAGUCCCACCCAAGGUACCUCCAGGGAAGCAUUUGAAACAACCACUGCUCCUGGAAAUUCUACCACAGGCUCCACCUCCAUGUCAACUAAAAUCACAACAAGACCCAAAGUAUCCUACCCAGAAACCACUCUAGACACAACAAAAGACCAAGAAACUGAAAAUAGAACAGGAUGUCCAGCAUCACUUCCACCACCUCCAGUUUGUCAUGGUCCGCUGGGAGAAGAGAAAUCUCCUGGAGAUAUAUGGACUGCCAAUUGCCACAAAUGCACCUGUACUGAUGCAAAGGCUGUAGACUGUAAACCCAAGGAGUGCCCUUCUGCACCCACAUGCAAAACUGGAGAGAGGCUUGUAAAGUUCAAAGCUGAUGAUUCCUGCUGUGAAAUUGGAUACUGUGAACCAAGAACGUGCUUAUUUAACAAUACUGAGUAUAAGAUUGGUGCUUCCUUUGAUGACCCCAGCAAUCCAUGCAUCUCCUACUCCUGCCACAGCACUGGUUUCAUCGCAGUGGUCCAGGACUGCCCAAAGCAGACCUGGUGUGCAGAAGAAGACAGAGUCUAUGAUUCAAACAAAUGUUGCUAUACAUGUAAUACUAAUUGUAGAUCUUCACUUGUGAAUGUGACUGUUAAGUACCGUGGUUGCCAGAAAAAACUUGAGAUGGCAAGAUGUGUAGGGGAAUGUAAGAACACUGUCAGGUACAAUUAUCAUAUCUUUCAGCUGGCAAAUUCAUGUCUUUGCUGCCAAGAAGAUAAGUACGAAUUCCGGGAAAUUUUUCUUGACUGUCCUAAUGGCAGUACAAUACCUUACAGAUAUAGGCACAUCACGGCAUGUUCUUGCUUAGAUAUGUGCAAACAGUCUACACUCCCAACAGUCAGUUAACGCCAAUAUCACCUUUCCAAGUAUAACAGGCCAGGUAUUUAUUUUAUAAAUGCACAAAAAUCACUAAAAUAGAAUAACUAAACAUUUGUAUCUCACUCAAAGUGUGAAUUCUCAUUCUGAGGCAUUUUUUUCUCUUGUUGACUGGAUGUGAAAAAUAAAUACAAGUUUUCAAGCAA